AUGGAGAUUCACUGCUUCUCCGAGCUUGAAGCAAAAUUCGAGAGGAGUCUACAUUGUACAAGUUUGCUUUUAGCUAAUGAAAAUGCACGGCUGCCCAGACUGCAAUUAUUGCUGUCUGAACAUGACAAAGACACCAUUAGCGAACAACUAUACCAGGCAAAACGGCAGCUGGAAGAUACAGAGACUGAGAACUCAAGGAUACGAGAACAGUCAAUCCGCAUGCAACAAGACAUGGAUGAAUUACACAGAUCAUUUCAGCUAAAGACCAAAAUGAUAGAUACUCUGCAGGCGGAAUUAUCAUCUAUGCGGUCAUCUUCUGUUGAAAUGAGCAAGCUCCAGGUCGACAAUGCAAAUCUAGCGCGAGAGGUCUCGAGCAUGAAGCCUGAACUCACACGGCUUCGCUCACAGAAUAGCUCUUAUCAAUCUGUACUUUCCGAAAAACUCUCUUUAGAGCGCCAGGUUAGCUCGCUUGAAGUUGAACUUCGUGAUGCAAAACGGAAAUCAGAAAAAGGGCGCAUUUCCAAUAUCCCCGAGAAAACAGCAACGAGCCUUGAGCAUACUAAUGUGACUGCCCAAAAUCAAACAUCACAGUCACAUGCCCAAGGCGCAACCGUCACCUUACCGAAAAAGCAGGCGAAACCGAGAGGUCAGAACAAAAAUCUCAUAGAACCGUCAGGAGAUCCUCCGCUGCAACAACGUUUCGGAGAGGACCCUUCUAUAGGUACACCAGGACCGAACCAACUGUCGAAAUUACCAACCAGGAUAGCUGCAGCCCCUGGUGACAAAUCAAUAUUUUCUAUAACCCCCUUUCUUAACCGCCAGAGCAAUGACUUUGAGGUCGAUUUUACAUCGAGCGAAAGCGACGGUGAUGGCAUUUCAUUUGCGGAAUCAGGGCCCUCGAGAAUAGAAGUAAAGGGAUUGCCCCUACCUAAGAACGGACUCUCCACCACAAACUCCCGCAAAUCAAUUGCCCAGCCUCAAAGGAAGCCCCCUAAAUCCAAUACUAACUUGAAAUCUACAAAUCUCGCAGCCUCGCGUAUUACAAAGCGUACUCAGAAACAAAAAAAUACUACUGAGCCGUCCUCGGAAGGUGAAGAUCUUCCCGAUCCUGCUAAAAAACGACGAGUACUUCAAACUAUUGGAGAAAACCCAUCGAUUGAUGGAAAUUUUGGAGCUAUGCGCACUUUGUCUAAGCAGCCCUCGCUUUCAAAAAACCAGAGUGAUACUUUUGCAAAUUCAGAAGGGAAACACGUUGAAAACGACCGUCGCAAUCGCCGACUUGGUUUAAAUAAGGCCUUGGAUAUUCCUCCGUUUUCUCCCUUGAAACGUAAUGCGAGAGCUAGCUAA